GCGUACCAGUCUGGGGCUCCCCAGGCGGCCUCUCGUGCGGCCGGGGGCGCGCAGGGCCAGGAGGGCGACCCAGGGCCCCUGUCCUGGGCGCCGGAGUUUGGACGAGGGUGGCUCGCCAUCGCCCGAGAGCGAGAGCGCGAGCGGAGCGGGAGGGGGGCGCGCUCGCUAGCCCGCCGCCUCGCUGCCUCCCCGGCGCUCGCUGCGGCUCCUGGGUGUGCUGGCUGCUCCUCCCACCCGCGCCCGCCUUCUGGCUCGCUGGCUGGCUCGCUCAAGCCGGUUUCCAAGCCCCGUGGUGCGCCUGGGCGAGUGGGGGCGAGGGGCCCCGGGGCCAGCGCCGAGCCGGGGGCGGGGGUCCGGGCAGAGCGCAGCCGCCCGGGGAGGGGCCAUGUCCGGCGCGGGCGCGACGGGGCCCGUCUGCAGCAAGUGACUGAGCGGCGUGCACGGCCGCCUGCCGCCUUCAGCCACCUGGAGCGGCGCGGGCCCCGGUGCCGGGUGCCCGGGUCGCGCGUAGAGCCGGCGCGAUGCACGUGCGCUCGCUGCGCGCCGCGGCGCCGCACAGCUUCGUGGCGCUCUGGGCGCCCCUGUUCCUGCUGCGCUCCGCCCUGGCUGACUUCAGCCUGGACAACGAGGUGCACUCGAGCUUCAUCCACCGGCGCCUCCGCAGCCAGGAGCGGCGGGAGAUGCAGCGCGAGAUCCUCUCUAUCUUGGGCUUGCCCCAUCGCCCGCGCCCGCACCUCCAGGGCAAGCACAACUCGGCGCCCAUGUUCAUGCUGGACCUGUACAAUGCCAUGGCGGUGGAGGAGGGCGGCGGGCCCGACGGCCAGGGCUUCUCCUACCCCUACAAGGCCGUCUUCAGCACCCAGGGCCCCCCUCUGGCCAGCUUGCAAGAUAGCCACUUCCUCACCGACGCCGACAUGGUCAUGAGCUUCGUCAACCUGGUGGAACAUGACAGAGAGUUCUUCCACCCGCGCUACCACCAUCGGGAGUUCCGGUUUGAUCUUUCCAAGAUCCCAGAAGGGGAAGCUGUGACUGCAGCCGAAUUCCGGAUCUACAAGGACUACAUCCGGGAACGCUUCGAUAACGAGACGUUCCGGAUCAGCGUUUACCAGGUGCUGCAGGAGCACUUGGGCAGGGAGUCAGACCUGUUCCUGCUCGACAGCCGCACCCUCUGGGCCUCGGAGGAGGGCUGGCUGGUGUUUGACAUCACGGCCACCAGCAACCACUGGGUCGUCAACCCGCGGCACAACCUGGGCCUGCAGCUCUCUGUAGAGACGUUGGAUGGGCAGAGCAUCAACCCCAAGCUGGCGGGCCUGAUUGGGCGGCACGGGCCUCAGAACAAGCAGCCCUUCAUGGUGGCCUUCUUCAAGGCCACGGAGGUCCACCUGCGCAGCACCCGCUCCACGGGGGGCAAGCAGCGCAGCCAGAACCGCUCCAAGACGCCCAAGAACCAGGAGGCCCUGCGGGUGGCCAACGUGGCAGGCCGAUCGAGCAGCAAGAUGUUGAUGGCAUCUGGUGGCCUGGGAUUGCUGGCAUGAUUUGGGGGCUGAGCUGGCCUGGACCAGCCUCUCCAGCACUGUGGACACCUGUGGACCGCAUGCCUACAGCCCUGCCCUGCCCCAUGCUCUUCUGCAUGUUAGGUGCUGCCUCUGCUAGUGGAAGGUGCAUCUUGAUUUUCCCCCAGGCUAAAAAGAAAGCUUCAAAUAACCCCACGAACAGCUGUUUUCCCAGUAGAUUGUAGAGAUGACCGGCCAGAUCUGAAGAGUCCAGCUUGUGGCUGGAAGAAACUGCCCCCACCCCCCACCCCACAAUCCCUCGUCCUCUCACCUCGGCUGUGCUGCAGCCCAGAGAGGUGUUUCCCUGGCUCUGCAGGACGCCGCUCACCGCAGGCAGAAUAAUGCUGUCGCUCCACCAGGAUGCCCUUGUUAAUUCCAGGAACUGGUGAAUAUGUUAUUUUACAUGGCCAGGUGAAUUAAGGUUGUAAAUCAGCUGAGCUUAAAUUAGGGAGAUGAUUCUGUCCAGGUGGCCCAGUGGCACAAUAAUCGUAUGGGUCCUUAAAGGGGGAGAAUCUUUGCUAGUUGUCAGAAAAAUGAGAGGAUAGAGGGAGGAGCUGAGAGAUGUGAUUUGGCUGGCUUUGGAGAAGGAACGGCCAUGAGCCAAGGACUGUGGGCAGCUUCCACACACUGGGAAAGACAAGGAAAUGGAUUCUCCCCUGGGACCUCCAGGAGGAACACAGUCCUGCCAACCCCUGGCAUUUGCCCUCGUGAGCCUGGGUUGGACUUCAGAACUGCAACACUGGAAGAUAAUAAGUUUGUACUGUUUGCAGCUGCUAUGUCGGUGGUCAUUUAUUAAAUCAGCAAUAAGAAACCAGUGUAUUGUUGCUUGCAAAGUGAUUUGCACGUUGCCCCGAGGUGGGCUACAUCCAUCCAGCAUGCAUCUCCCAUAGCUCUGGGCUGGGUGUGAGGCAGGAACCAGCCCCACUGGCUGUGUUGAGGGCGCUGAAUUAAGCUCGUCAGCUCGCCUGGUUCCUGGUCCCCAGAUCGUCCCAAGGAAUCACAGAAGGAGGGUGUGGGCGUUCAGACAUGUGGUGGUGAGGUGGCAAAGCAGCCCCCACCCCAAAUUAACCUUAUACUGUCAUGAGCGUCUUUCACCCACCUAAACCCAUUUUGAAAUUUCUGUUCUGCUUUGAGGGAGAAGAAAAGCAUGGUUGCCAUGGUUCUUGAGGUUUUUUAGAGCAGGGCUUCCUGCUCCUGGGACCCUCAGAUGGACUUUGGAGCAUGUGUAUGGCUUGGAGUUUGCGUGCUAGGAUUUUGUAGGGAUUCUGACAGGUGGAUUCAUUCUUCUAGGCCUCCCAAAGGGGUGUGUGGUACCCC